UUCAAAAAAUAAAAAAUAAAUAAGUAGAUUCCAAACCCCUGCUACAACUGAACAUGAUUUCUGGGCUCCUGUUCUCAGAAGGCCUUGUGGGGCCAGGAUCUGAAAUUUGGGCAGAUAAGGCCUGGCCAUUGGGUCUCGUCAAAGCCCCUCCCUCCUCAGUCCCUGGGCAGAUUUGCAUACCCUGUUGUGGUCCAGUGGCCUCUCCAGCCCUGUGCUCCCAGGCGCCCGGAGCACAGCCCAGCAGAACCGCUCCCCACCUGCCUCCCUGCCUCUCGUCAUGGCCUGCCUGUGCCUGGCCUUCCUUCUGAUGGGAACCCUCAUGGCAGUCUCCCAGCCAGCCCUGGCCCAGCAGGAUGCUCUGCUGGUCUUCCCAGGCCAAGUGGCUCAACUGUCCUGCAUGCUCAGCCCCCAGCACGCCAUCAGUGACUACGGUGUGUCCUGGUACCAGCAGCGGGCAGGCAGUGCCCCCCGCUAUCUCCUCUACUAUCACUCAGAAGAGGAGCACCACCGGCCCGAUGACAUCCCUGACCGAUUCUCAGCAGCCAAGGAUGUGGCCCACAAUGCCUGUGUCCUGACCAUCAGCCCCGUGCAGCCGGAGGAUGAUGCGGAUUACUACUGCUCUGUUGGCUUCAGCCCUGGUUCCUAGGGGUGGGGUGUGAGAUGGGUGACCCUGACAUUGGGCCCCUCUCUAACUUUCUCUGAGCCUUGCUCUCUCCUCUGUAAAAUGGGUUAAUAACAGUCAAUGUGUCAACAGGAGCUACUGUGAGAUCUGGCUGAACAAAGUGACUGUGGUUGGUCUAGGAGUGUGGGGGUGGGACGCCUGGGGAUUGUUGCCAAAGAGGAAGCACCUGAAACCCUUGGGGUGUGACCCAGCCUCUCCUCUGGCCCCCAGGGGGCUGAGAUUGGUGGCCUGGCCUUCCCAUGACCUGAGGAGCUGGGGGGAGAGAAAAAGGAACCAGGCCUCACCACCCCCAGCUCUGCAUGGCUGGUUGUGGUCCAACAGUCAUGGUUCUGGGAUGCCUGGGCCCCAUGGAGCCCAGGCUGCUGGCCUGGGGAGGGGCAGCCCCUGCCUACCCUUUGGAGUCUCUGCCCAAGGCCUGACCACUCUGCUGGGGCAGAGAGGCGUGUGUGUGAGUAGCAUGGUGUGGGUAGCAAGAGCCAGGGCUGAGGUGUGGAAGGCAGGUGGGCAGAGGGCUGGGGCAGAGUCCCUCUCCCCAGGGACAGUGUGUUCUAUUGGCUUCCUGUGACUGACCUGA